CAAGUAAACUGGCUGACCAAGCGGAUGACAGACAGGGGCACAUCCUCACUGCCAGUAGAGCAUCAACUGUACGGAUCAGCUGCUGGAACCGAGUGCCAGUCCACGCGUGAUUUCUAUCCCGCCAAUAUUCCUCUCCAGGCCUACAACACUGAUGGAAUGAAUCUCCCCCCGGGCAGUUACAGUCUACAGUCCUGUGGCGCCUCGGGAGCAGAACAACCAGAAGAGAACACACAUGGGCCCCCGCAGCCAUCGCCGGUCCUCUAUAAAGCAGCGGCGGCAGCGCCGAAGCACAUGGCAACAUUGGGCGUCGAGGCGGAACUCUACGAAGGUUUGCGAGUUAACUCCGCGACGGAAUUUGAGGUUAUUCUCUUUCUCAACCAGAUGGGUGUCUUUAAUUUCGUCGACGAUGGCAGUGUACCCGGUGGAGCCGUCCUCAAACUCUCCGAUGGACGCAAGCGCUCAAUGUCCCUCUGGGUGGAAUUUAUCACCGCUUCCGGCUACCUCUCUGCACGCAAGAUUCGCGUGCGUUUUCACAGUCUGGUGGCGCAGGCGAUCGAUAAGUGCACCUAUCGCGGCAUUCUGCAGUUGGUGGGUCAGCACAGCGAAGUGCGUAUCCGUAUUCGCGAUCGAUACACCUUGCAGAUAACGCCGGCCUUUCGCUGUCAGGGUCUGUGGCCGCGCUCAGCCAGUCAUUGGCCCACCAACAAUCGAUCGACCAAUCCAAAUGUGUGGAUGGUUUGGCCGCCACCCAGGUUGAUUUCUGAGGUGAAACACGAGGGCUUCACCCUGCUCAGCCAGGAGUCCACCUACAUACGCGACAAGCAGACUUCUGCUGAGGGCGACGCCUGGCUGUUGGACUUCUAUGAAGCUGAGGAGAGUCUGCUUAACCAGGGUUCUCGUCAACUCUGUUUGAACAUCCUAACCACCCUAGUUGAACGUCAUCUAGCUUCCACCAGCGAGGAGGGCUCUCAACAACACCCGGUUGACGAGUGCUACGGAGCUAAAAUGGCCGGCGAGGGUCCGCCGCUAAUUCAUGACUACUACAUAAAAACCCUGGUGUUGCAUGAAUGUGAGAAACAUCCACAGGAGGAGGACUGGACGGAGUAUACCAUUCCUGAUCGGAUCAGUGGAAUCCUGCUGCAACUCAUUUCCUGCCUACAGCAUCGUCACUGUCCACACUACUUUUUGCCCCAGCUAAAUCUCUUUCGACGUCAGACGCCCUCAGCCAUGGAGCUGGCAGCCAGAAGGACCUGGGGUCUCCUGCGAACGCUGAUCACCUGCCCGACGGCUUUUGAAAGACUCUGA